AUGUUCAACAUCAGCGAUGCCCCGCACUACUAUUGCUGCUGCUUGUUCAGGAACACGGCCACCCUGCUCCGGAACAAUGUCUCUGAUUGUCUCCCGCGCUGCUCGGUCACGGUAGCCUCUGUAGCCGCGAUAGAUGCACAUCGCGGCGUACGAGAGGCCGCCCGUCGCGAUGGCCAGGGGGAUCCCGAUGGCGGGGUGCAGUGUGGGUUCGCCGCGGCUUAUCUGGCAGCGGUAGCACUGGCAUGGUCCCUGGGGGUGGUGGUGGUGCUGAUGGUUAUUGUGGUCGUGACUGUGGCUGUGGUUGGCGCGAUGGCAGCAGCAUGA